GGCACCUGCCGGGGGCAGCACGUGGCCUCCGAGAGCCAGAACUCAGGACUUGGUCCUUCUUGGGAAAGUGGGAGGAAGGUGAGCUGCUAGGAGAUGGUGCUGAGAGCGACUGGAGCCAGGAGGCAGACAGACGCACGGACAGACUCCCCACGAGGACGUGCACUUCGUCUUAACGCUUUAAUUGAGUGGGUGACGUAUACAGCCAGGGAUGCCAAGUGCGGAGUGGGCUGUCUCCACCAACGCCUUGGUUACUGCCCCUCCUGCCACUGCCUCCCAUCUCACCAGAGGCAACAGCCCCCCAAGUGUUCCCUUGUGCCCCUCCCCGCCAAUCCGCCUGCUCCCUGGAGGCCCCCUACCACCGGUUCCGCCUCCUCCUGAACUCCACACGGGGCGUCCAAAGGUCAGUCCGCAGGCGUCGGUGUCUGGUCUCAGCCAAGCUGCUGCUCUUCCUCCUGACCCAGGAGUGCUGUGUCCCUCACCACCCUCGGCAGUGGGACACUUGGCUGCUUUCCGCCUGCUCCCAGCACAGCUGCUUCAGUCGGCUUGCUGUCUUGGGGCCCUGGGGCCUCUCCCCUUGGGCUGCCGUCAGGUGUGGACGGCCCUCAACUGCUCUCUUGCAGACGUCCCCGUCCCUGUGGCCUACAGGAGAAAGUCUAAACUCUCAGGCCUCAGGCUCCAGCCUCCUGUGGAGAAGUGACGUGGACGUCUCAGCUGGUCUCACCCCUUGUUUCCUGGGUGUGUGACCAUCUUCAAGAUGGGGACAAACAUUCCUCCCUGCGGGACUCUGAGGAGUAGGGCACCACCUGGAUACCACGGGAGGGUCCCUGGCAGAGGGCCCGGCCCACAGCAGGCGCCUGGCCACCAGUGGCUCUUGUCCCCUCUUGGCGCGCUCUG